UACGCAUGGACGUGUGGCACAAGCGGCUCUUACACAGUGCCAGUGCCAGAAGCUCGCCGUGCUGGCUCGGGCUCGCCUGUGCUGCCGAGAGCUGUCAGUUCCGCUUUUCUCGAGUUGUUCUCAUGAUUUUCAUUACGAUUUACUUUUAUUACGGUUUUCGGUUUGUUCUUUAUUAGAGAAUCAGAUUCUCUUCUCUUAAUUAGUUCCUAAUUUGAUGGUACUGACGUUAUAAACGGUUGCGACGAGACUUAGAUCAAGCAAGUUCGAAAGUGAAGUAUAGAAAAAAAAAUCUAUAUAAAAAAAGAGAAAAAAUAAGAAAUAUUGUAAACAUAUAAUUGGUAGUUUCUGAUAGGACGUGGACAAGAGUUAAUUGAUUUAAUGUAGAAAACUUUUUUGAAGCUUGAAGAGGAUUAAUAAUUUCAUUUCAUUAUCCAGAAAGUUUGGAAAAUAUUCAAACACGCACUUCUUUAAACAGGAUUAGAUUACUUGCCUCAUAUUAUCCGAUAGUGAUCUUUGGAAAGAGAGAUAAAAAAAUCAAGAUACUUAAAAAAAAAUUAAAAAUAAAAAUAAAAAACUUGUGCUUGUGAAACUGGAAAAUAAGUUAUCAAAGUUAUCUACAUUAGAGGUCAAAGUUUUCCGAUUCCGAAGAGAUACAGAAGACUGACGAAGAAAGGAAGAAAGACGAGAAGAAAGAAGAAAGAAAGAAAGAAAAUAAAAACGUACGUGAAACAAAAGGACCAUUUCGUCAGCAGUCCUCUCAGAAGAUCAAGAGGGAGAAGAAAAAAAACUUCCUUUUCCCCUCUUCCUUUCUUUCACCUUAACACCGUUCUCCUGUCUCGAGUCACGUCAUCCCCCUUCGAACCUCCUUUCUUCAUAUUUCGAGAAGCUCCACAUAACUCUGAGGGAGAGAGAGAGAGAGAGAGAGAGAGAGAAAGUGAGAAUCAAAGAGAUGGGUAUUUAUCCCCGUAUCGCUGUCUUGACGUCGAAAGACCCUAAAUGACCUUGCAGCGGUAUGUGAAAAGGAUAAACAAGUACUGGAGAUCACUCCAAUCCGCCUCAACACGAUAAUGACACGGUUAGAGGAAAAUGCUUCGCUAUUUUCCUUUUUUCCUUUACUAACUCCCUGUUUUACGUGAAUAAUCAAAGGAAGUCUGCGUGAAUACCCAAUCACCCUCAGCCAUGCACCGGUGAAGAUACGAGGCGACGGAGAAAGGGCACUGACAGCAAUGGCAUCGCUAAAGAAAACUGCAGGAGAAAGUUGCAGAAGUGGGAUUCUGUGCAUUGAGGGCACUUCUAAGCCUGUUAGAUCCAUUGAUGAAAGCAGACGAUGCUGUUCGCAUUAAGCUUUUUUCGAAACACUGACAUAGAAAAAUAUCUAAAGGAAAUUUUAGGAAUGAUGCUAUGUGGAUACCUCUUUCUCUAAAGAGAGAGAAAAUAACGUGUUUGAAAAACACGUUUAACUUUUUGGAACACUUUGUAUCCGUUCAGAGAAUAUUUGCAUUGCAUUCUAGACAAAAUAACAUUAAAGAUAUAUUUUUAUAGAUGCUGAAGCUAUAAGGACUGCAUAUUGCACACAGACUCUCAGAAAUGAGAACAGUUAUUAUAAUUCGUAAGAAAUCAUAAAUAUACAUAUAUGUCUAUCUGUGAAGCUGAUGUCAGUAUGUGUGCUCAUGUCAUGAACGUCAAGCUAUAAAACCCUGUAUGUAUGAAUGUAAACUUUAGCUAAUACAAGUUUUAUAAAAUAAACUUGAUUCCUGCAAACCGACUUAUAUCUGCAACGUUGAAAAAAAAACUUAAUGUGGUUUUAGUGCUUCAGAGGAUAUGUAUGUUUAUGAACUAAUAAUUCGGUACGCCAGUAAAGUUGUCUAAGAUAAAUUCAAAGAGACAGAGACCCGAGUUGAUAGAGCGAGCGAACCUUUUCUCCUUUUCUGUUAUUACUGUAUUAUUCACAGUGUUAAUAUUCAGACAUCAAAAGGUUACAGGGGUUAAAGGUUACGUUGGUAUUUCACUAAAUGAGAGACUGGAUGUUAAAAAUAAUGAAAAUGAUUGUUUGAUAGCAGGAAAAGUUCUGAAUCCUUGCGGGCAUCUGUGAAACCUUUCCUGACUUCUGACAUAAACAAAAACAAACAAACAAAAAACAUAAUAUAUAUAUAUAUAUAUACAUAUAGAAAAAAGUUUUAAAUCAGGCAUCCGCACAGAUAUUUGUCUUCGGCGUACAUGCCUAAUUAAAGAAAGUCAAACACAACCUGCACUAUCACGAAAGACCUGUACCUACAAAGGACUUCGACCUCGAGAAAAUAGUCCUCGAGAUAUCCGCUGGUGACGAAGGAGGAACAACUGCCUCCAGUAAAUAUCUGAAGGUUCUCGCGUGUAAACAACUAGCAUCUUGUCUGCGGUAUCAAGUGUCCCUUCGCCGAACGUGGCGAGAAGCCUCCUUGCAAGUUGCUUACACCUUCCCCUCAGAAGCACGAUGACACCGCCUUGCUUGCUUGCAACGGUACUCAGCAUGUUCCUUUCCACGGCUGUCAACGUCGCUUGCCAAGAUGAGCACUUGUGGUCAGUGACAGGAGUGGCGGGGAGGAGCAGCGACCUUCCUUGUUACCUGAACCCACGAACACCGGGAGACAGACCUAAGCUCGUUCUUUGGUACAAGAGAGGAUUCCGAACACCCGUCUACAGCCACGACGGUCGGAAACCAGAGAUGAGACAAGACUUCAAGCAAGACAGACGUGUUUUAAACGUAAACAGAGGCGCCGCUACACUAACGCUAAACAAUCUAACUGUGAGUGACGCUGGCGUGUAUGAGUGUAGGGUCGACUUCUUCAAAUCCCCAACGCACACCAAUUUUGUCAACCUCACUAUUGUUGAGCCACCGAACAGCUUGGAGAUAGUGGACAGCCUCGGGGGAAGAGCCAGGAGGGGGGAGAUGGGCCCCUACCAGGAGGGGGUGUCAGUCAGUCUCACCUGCCGGGCGAGAGGAGGUUCUCCUUCACCCAACGUGACCUGGUGGAGAGACGAGAAGAUCGUGAGCGGCGAAUGGGAGUCUGCGGGUCCCGGCGUCGUCCAGAACCAGCUGGAGAUCAGGAGACUGUCACGUGACUACCACAACACCAGCCUCACCUGCAUCGCUGCCAAUACCCACCUGGCGAGUCCAGUGUCUGUGUCUGUGAUGCUUCAGAUGUUUCUGUUGCCAACCAGCGUCGUGAUCACCAACCCGGGCCCAGUUCGGGAGGGUCACCAGGUGCGUCUCGUUUGCACGUCUGAGGGUUCUCUCCCCUCGGCGUCCCUCACCUGGACGAUAAGGGGAGUCACCAAGCCAGCAGAGAAAGAGAACCUGAUUUACGGAACCGUGACAAGUUCGACCCUUGUUGCCAACGUCACUCGGCAGGAUGAGGGUAGCCUGGUCACCUGCAGUGCCGCCAACCCUUCGGUGCCAGGGAGCAAGCUUGCCAACUCAACGCAGCUCCAUGUUCACUACCCCCCGACAGUAGAAGCCUCCCUCGGGCGUUCCCUCAACCCGGAACUACUGAAGGAGGGAGAUGACGUCUACUUCACGUGCACCGUUGACGCCAACCCCCCCGCCUCCACCAUCACCUGGUAUCAUGAGGACACGGUGCAGGUGCAGAACGUGUCGAUGGGCGUGAUCCUGUCCGGGGAGUCGCUGGUGCUGCAGAAGGUGAGCCGGCAGAGGGCGGGCCAAUACAGGUGCUCCGCGACCAACCCUCUCGCCACUGUGGUCAGCCAGCCCGUCCACCUCCAGAUCAAGUACAAACCCGAGUGUCAGACUUCCCCAACAACCUACUUCAUCUACGACAAGCCUAUCAACGUGACAUGCUCGGUGACGUCAUUUCCUCCCGUGAGAGCGAUCCAAUGGCAAUGGAACAGUAGCAAUGACGUCAUCAGCACCGAGCCAAUCACCGAGGAGGAGGAGCGCGUGUCGGCCCAGCUGACAGUGGAGCCGAUAAAAAGCCGCGAGGACCGAACGCUCACGUGCUGGGCGGUGAAUGAGAUGGGGAAGCAAUCAAGGCCCUGCGGAUUCGCAGUAAAAGUCGCCCAGAUGCCGCUCCCGCUGUCGUCGUGUCGCCUGGCCAACAUCACGGCCUCGUCUCUCAGCCUCACCUGCCAGCGACCCAACGUGGCUACAGCUGGCACCACCUUGUACCGGGCCGAGGUGUACUUCGACAACCGCACCCUCUUCGCCAACGUGACCUCAAACCGUCCCAACUUCAACGUGAGUCGCCUCGACGCCGGCACGAGCUACCAGAUCAAGGUGUACGUGAGUCACGGCCCCGUCACGUCGCAGCCGGUCGUCGUCUCGGCCUACACGUCGCGCACCUCCAGGACCGCGUCAGGUUCCCGUGAGAGCAGCAGCUCCGUAGGCGAGGUAGUGGGCGGCCUGGCGGUGGCGCUCCUCCUGCUUGCGGGCGGGGUCUGGGCGAGGCAGUACUGCAGGAAGCAAAGUAGGGCGAAGAAGCACGAGCCCAGAGUACCGUCCGACGAGAGUAACCCCGAUGUUGUACCCACUACUGUCGAAGAAACCCUGGACCUCCUCGCUGCCGGAGCCGCCAAGACCGAGAUGCCGAUCCUGACGCCUGUUUACGAAGCAAUGAACGCCUCACUCCAGGAAGUUGUGCCAAAGCAAACACUGGCAUCCGCGGAGGUGUACAGCGGCAUGAGGUCACAGCACAAAGAACUGGAAGAAUACCAGGAGCUCCGAUUGCAACAUAGCGACGAAUACCCCGACGUGAGGUUGCAACACAAGGAAAGUGACGAACAGUACCACGCAGGGAGGUUGCAAGAACAGGAGAACGAGCAGCCACAGGGGGGGAAGAGCAAGCUUUAUUGCCCUGUGGAUCAACUCAUGCAAGCUGCAGAGACGGUGGUAUGAGGAGGAUCGUCAAGGACAAGAUUGCCACUCCUACAUCAACCGCCCCCAACCAUUCCAGCCCCCCCUUCCCCCCCAGUAAUCCCCCAUCCCAAAACUGAAAAUGGGUCUACCAGGUGUCUCUACUAUAUUGUAUUUGUUGGGAACCAAUAUUAAAUAUAUAUAUCUAUAUUUU